AGCUUCAGGCCUCAUUUUGAGUGAAAUAGGAAGGGGAAGGAAGGUCUCAGCUCAACCUGUUCAGGCAACCAAGUCGUCAAAGCAACGCGCCUCUCUCGUGAAGAACAUCUUCUUACCUUCUUUAGUCAGCAUCUACAAGUUCUCUUUAUAUAAGAUCUCUUCCACCUUCGAGAAGUAUCACAAGAGCUAGCUAGCUCGCAAUCGAUGGCGGCCGGAGGAGGAGGUGAAGGCAGCCGGUCGAUGGAGGAGACGCCGACAUGGGCGGUGGCCGUCGUGUGCUUGGUCAUCGUCGUCAUCUCUGUACUCAUUGAGCAUGCCAUCCACCUCCUCGGCAAGUGGCUGCAAAAGCAUCAUAAAAAAGCACUCUACGAAGCACUGGAGAAGAUCAAAGCUGAGUUGAUGCUGAUGGGGUUCAUAUCCUUUCUGCUGACGGUCUUACAGAGCAGCAUCUCGAAGAUUUGUGUGCCCCUGAGCGUCGGCGACUCAUGGCACCCGUGCAAGCCCUCGGAAGAGGACGACAUCGCCGGCCAUUUGGAGGACCCCGACCAGAACCCUGGAGGACGACGAAGGCUUCUGCAGACUGCUGGCUCUGUCCGUGCCUUCAGACGAGUUUUGGCUGCAGGGGGGUCGUCAGAUACCUGCCCAGAGGGGAAAGUGGCUUUGAUUUCUGGUGAAGCCAUCAAUCAGCUUCAUAUCUUUAUCUUCGUGUUGGCUGUCUCCCAUGUUCUCUACUGCGUCUGCACGUUGGCUUUUGGUCGACUCAAGAUGAGGAGGUGGAAAGGUUGGGAAAUGGAGACUAGAACAGCUGAAUACCAAUUCACUCAUGAUCCUGACAGGUUUCGGUUUGCAAGAGAUACAUCGUUCGGCCGCCGGCACUUGAACUUCUGGAGCAAAUCGCCAUUGCUCAUCUGGAUUGUGUGUUUCUUCAGACAAUUUGUGAGCUCGGUAUCGAAAGUCGACUACUUGACAUUAAGGCAUGGAUUUAUCAUGGCACACUUGGCACCACAAAGCUCAAGCAAGUUCAAUUUCCAGAAGUACAUCAAGAGAUCACUGGAAGAAGAUUUCACAGUAGUUGUCGGAAUAAGUCCUGCAAUAUGGUUCAUGGCUGUGGUCUUCCUGCUAUUUAAUACCCAUGGGUGGCAAUCCUACUUGUGGCAACCAUUCAUUCCUUUGAUUAUCAUUCUCAUGGUUGGAACAAAACUUCAAGUAAUUAUCACAAAGAUGGCAAUACAGAUCAUGGAACGUGGAGAUGUCGUCAAGGGUGUUCCUGUUGUUCAGCCUCGAGACAACCUGUUUUGGUUCAAUCGCCCAGGCCUUCUCCUCUUCCUCAUUCACUUCGUCCUAUUUCAGAAUGCAUUUCAGCUGGCCUUCUUUGCCUGGAGUUGGUACGAAUUUGGCUACCCAUCAUGCUUCCACAAGCGAAUCGAAGACAUUAUAAUUCGCAUCUCCAUGGGCAUUCUCAUACAGGUCUUGUGUAGCUAUGUGAUACUGCCUCUGUAUGCAUUGGUAACACAGAUGGGGACGAAUCUGAAGCCUACUAUUUUCAGUGAGAGGGUGGCCACUGCUCUGAGGAAAUGGCACCACACUGCAAGGAAGAACGUGAAGGAGAGCAGGAAGUCUGGCAGCGUGACGCCUUAUACGAGCAGGCCGAAUACUCCAAGCCACAGCUUGUCGCCGGUGCACCUCUUGCAGUACUACCACAAUGAGGUGGACUACAGUAGUCAUAACUCUCCGCAGAAGUACUUUGUGGAGGAAGACCAGUUCGAUCCUGAGGGCAUGCCGUCGCCCUCGGGCCACACGAACGAUGAGUCGUUCUCGCAGUACAGGAACGCGACGCUGAAGAGAUUUGUCGAAGCGAAUAUAGAGAUGAGGGAAGUCGACGACGACGGCCGGUUGCAGCUGCCAAUCAGGCAGGGCAGUGAUGGCCAUGCGAACAGUAGAGUGUCUAUUGAUUUCUCAUUCGACAAGAUGGAGAAAGGUAAGACGCAGGUGUAGAUAGACCAACGAGAUAUUGGUUCAACGCUUGAUCUUUGGGACACGAGACUGAAUGCUUUAUCAAUUUAGCUUAGCAUACAAAAGUUUGUCUACUUCAUUUUUUUUUGUAUGAACUGUUCUAGAUACAAGUGCCUCGAGGAGGAGGUUGAAUCGAUUCAAGAGUGUUGUCUAUUGAUGUAUAAUACAAGGUUAAUCCUUCCUUCCUGCA